GGACCUUUUGCCAUUUUCGUGCAGUUGAUCAUGGGUGUCUUGGUGGUUGGAACACUAGUCUUGAAACGGCAACGAGAAAAGCCCAAACGUCCAUGGAAGAUUUGGAUGUUGGAUAUAUCGAAACAGAUGCUCGGUCAGCUGUUCGUUCAUAUCUUGAACGUUUUAUUGUCCUCGUUGGGCAGUCGAGCAAGUGAAGGAGAGAACAAUCCAUGCAGUUUAUACUUUCUCAAUAUUGCAAUCGACACUACAAUCGGCGUGCUGUUUAUCUACUAUUGCAUGAAGUUUCUCACGCACUACUUUACCGAUGUUCUUGGUUGGCCCGGUUUUGUAUCUGGACAAUAUUCUUCCACACCUUCUGUGAUCGGAAGGAGAAGACGUGCAGGUCCUCGCAGGAUAAUGACUUUCUUCUUUCGACAAUUGGCCAUGUAUCUUCUUUCACUUCUUCUGAUGAAGAUAAUGGUCUUGAUCUUGUUUGGAAUUUUCCCAUUCUUAUUCGACAUUGGACGUUGGGUCUUGAACUUGUUUGGCGAUCACAAGAAAGCACAAGUGUUCUUUGUUAUGGCAUUAUUCCCUUUGGCGAUGAACACGCUGCAAUUUUGGUUGAUCGAUUCUGUCUUGAGA